AGCAGCCCGCUAUUGGUGCUCCAUCCAGGGGGAAGCGCUAGCGGAUCUUCGGAGGAACACACGAUCUUCCAGGACGCGUUUUAAAAUGCUUAACAGCAAACAUGUAGCUGCCCUAAGAGCUCUGAAACCCCAGAUGUCACACUUGAGGGACCGACUGAUGUAAAAGACACUUUCAUGUCCAGCAGGUUAUGGAUCCCAGCCUUCCUUGUUUCAUCCUUCUCACGCUGCUUGGCUCUGUCGUAAGCUCUUUUGAUGACCGCCACCGCAAUGGCACCCGCCAUUAUGGUUACUGUGUGCUCGGAGCUGGACCUUCUGGACUACAGGUGGGAUAUUUCCUCUCCAAGGCUAAACGAGACUACAUCAUCUUGGAGAGGAACUCAGGACCUGGGAGCUUCUUCAACAAGUAUCCCAGGCACAGAAAGCUCAUCAGCAUUAACAAGAUGCACACAGGGAGGCAGAACCGAGAGUUCAACCUGCGACACGACUGGAACUCCCUGCUGAGCGAUAAACCCGAGCUCCUGUUCAAGAGAGUUAGCAGCGAAUUCUACCCUCCGGCGGACGCCUUCCCUGUCUACCUGUCCAUGUUUGUGAAGGAGCUCGGGCUGAAAGUUCAGUAUGGGGUCGACAUCGGAAGGAUCAGAGCUGUGCAGUCAUCCACCAGAAGAAGCUACAUCCUCACUGAUCAACACAAAUCAGACUACUCAUGCAGCAUCCUGCUUGUAGCAACAGGCCUGUGGGUCCCUCACAAGGUAGAGUUUGUGGGUUCUGACCUGGUUGAGGGCUACGAGUCCAUCUCAACUAACCCUGAGGACUACAAGGACCAGGCUGUGCUGAUUCUGGGGAAGGGGAACUCUGCUUUUGAAACAGCCCAGAGCAUCUUGGGAAGCGCAAGUCGGGUGCACAUGCUCAGUUCCAGCCCUGUCAGACUGGCCUGGCAAACACAUUACGUUGGAGACCUCAGAGCCGUGAAUAAUGAGCUACUAGACACGUACCAGCUGAAGUCUCUCGACGGGCUGGUGGAAGCUCGCCUGGAGAAAAUAGCUAUCGCUCAACGAAAGGAGCAGAGCAGGAGAAGAUCUGGUGGAAAGAAGAAUGAGAAAAAGCGACAGUUAUAUCUAACUUUAAAAAAGUACGUACACUCCAGGGAAGUGAAGAACAGCUCAGAUGUGACGGGAGAGGAACUGCCGGGGCAUCACAUCGACAACUUCCCGACGCGAAAACCUUACGACCGCGUGAUUCGAUGCCUGGGUUUCCGAUUUAACUUCAGCAUAUUUGACAGCUCCGCCUGCCCACCAAACAGUGAAAAUGCAAAGGGCAGGUUGCCGGGGGUGACGGCCUGGUAUGAAGGGAAGAACACCCCUGGUUUGUUUGUGCUGGGAACCGCUGCUCACUCCAGAGACUACCGCUCUUCUGCUGGAGGCUUCGUCCAUGGGUUCCGUUACACAGCACGAGCUGUACACCGUGUGCUCGAACAUCGUUACCAUAGCAACGAGUGGCCAUCAACACAACUGUUGACGACACAGCUGCAGUCCUGGAUUCUGAAGCGGGUCGGUGAGGCCUCUGGGCCGUACCAGAUGUUUGAGGUGCUAGGGGAUGUCGUUCUUCUUCGAGGCUCUCAUUGUGAAUACUUGGAGGAGUUUCCGAUCCAGGCCUUGCCUCAGUUCUCCUCUCUUUCUGGCCACGAGGUCUCCAGCCACGGACUGAUUGUUGUCAUCAUGCAGUAUGGGAAGAAGAAGAUCGACUAUUUGGGGCGCAGCAGGGCCGAAACAGACUGGACUAAAGCUUGGCAAUCCAACUUCCUGCAUCCCGUCUUAUACUACUAUGACACACUUCCUACUGAGGAAGAAAUGAAGCUGCGCCCCCGCUGGCCUUUACCAAGACCUAAAGCAGUUCAUCACAUGGUUGAGGACUUCCUCACCGAAUGGGACGGUCCCAUAUCUCACAUCCAGCCACUGCGACGCUUCCUGGAGCGCUGUGUCCACACUGACCUCAGGGCUUUCUAUGCAGAAUCAUGUUUCCGCUUAUCCCUCACCCACCGCAAGCCGCCGCUGUAUUGUCAGCAGGGAUACUUGAAGCAGCAGGGCAUCCCUCACAACAGUCGGCUGCGGCAGCACGUUCAUGAUGCUAGACUGGUGCCUGCCGAGCGAGAUGCAGGCACAUCAGGGGCCGACCCGACAUUCCCCAACUACCUGGCACCAGCUGGAGCCUCCAUGUCUUCAGGACUGAAACUUGACUUGUGAUUGUUUUACCUAAGGGUGUUAAUGCUACCGUAUACGAUGCUGUUUUUCCAGAGCUGCUACCUCCAGCACCCCUAGUCAUUCCCUUUUUGCAAGACCAAAUAUGUGGACAGCAUACCGUCCCACAGAACAGUGAUUUUCAUCCUUUGUUUUGUAUAUGUAUACCAUCUUUUUAAUUUUUUAUUAUUAGUUUUUAUUAUUUUUGCUCAUUUCAACAUGAUUCUGUAUUUGGGUUUUACAAGGUUAAUAAUAUUUAAGUAUCACAAAGAAUUAUCUAGCACUUUAGCAAAGGAAAGUACGAAAAAUAUAUUGUUUAUGUUUACUUUUGUUCAUCAGUCCUUGCCCCAAACGCUGAUGUGACUGAUUUUUGGGUCCAAGCACGCAGGUUGGAAACCACUGCUUAAAACCAGAGGAGUUCCUUGACCCUUGAAACCUCCUGUAUUAUUAUUUUUCCCCACAAAUAUUUCUAUACAGUACAUUACACUGUCAUUUUCAUAUCAUUAAAAUCUGUAUUAUGUAGAGCUAUAUUGGUGGAGGGUGGAUGGGACAAAUUAUUAUACAUUUAAGAUUAUAGAAAACCAAACAUACAGAAAAAGGGAACACCUG